CAAAAUGUCACUAUUUCGAAGAUGGUGUUGGUGUGUACGUGAUUGGUUUUGUUCUGUACUUUUUACAUUUAUGACUAUCCUACAUAUUAAAGAAUAAGAUGAAAUUCCGUUUAUAUGACUUUUGUGAUAACGUGUUCUGUGGAUUCACCUAAAUAUAUACUUACCAGGAAGUAUAUAUAAAUAGCUUCACUUCUGGACAAAGAUCACCACGCCCAAUAUGCAGGGUGAUGAUCCUCCUUACUUAACGGUCGGUACUGAUGUUAGCGCCAAGUAUAAGGGUGCCUUUUGUGAAGCUAAAAUCAAGAAGGUUGUGCGUAACAUAAAAUGCAAGGUGACCUUAAAAGGUGGUGGUGCGAUCACAGUGAAUGAUGAUGUGAUCAAAGGAACACUGCGUAUUGGCAGCACCGUCGAAGUAAAGCAAGACCCUAAAAAGGAUGCAACAGAGGCAGUGAUCACAAAAAUACAAGAUUGCAGUCAGUAUACUGUGGUAUUUGAUGAUGGUGAUAUAACAACAUUACGUCGGUCAGCGCUGUGCCUCAAAAGUGGACGUCAUUUUAAUGAAAGUGAGACAUUGGACCAACUGCCACUGACACAUCCGGAGCAUUUUUCUACACCUGUGAUAGCUGGCCGGCGAGGGAGAAGAGGGAGGGCUCAGUCAGAGGAGAGUGAAGGUGAAGGUGUGACACGUCGUGUGAAGGCUGACAGCGAGCCGCAUGUGGGGCGCGUGGUGUUCGUGGAUUUCACAAGCGGGGCGGAGCGCCGGCGCCCGCACCAGCCCGCCUUUCCUGCCCUUGUCGUCGCCCCCACCGCACAGAUCAAAGUCAAAGAGGAUUAUCUUGUACGCUCCUUUAAAGAUGGACGAUACUACACAGUGCCCAAGAAGGAGACGCGUGAGUUCAAGCGGGGCAGUGCUCCGGCGGAGUGGGGCGGAGUGCAGGCGGCGCUGCAGUACCUGGACCACGGCGUGCUGCCGCCGCACUGGGACAGGGACACGCUCUUCAACGAGCCACGCAACACGUCCGAUGAUAGUUCCGAUGACGAGCCGAGAGAAGAAAAGGACCACUUUGUGGCUCAGUUGUACAAGUUCAUGGACGACCGUGGUACACCGCUCAAUAGAAAUCCAACCAUCGCUAAUCGGGAUAUCGAUUUAUAUAGACUGUUCCGGGUUGUACAAAAACUGGGUGGCUAUAAUCGCGUGACCAAUCAAAAUCAAUGGAAGACGAUUGCAGACAAGAUGGGCUUCCAUCCAGUCACAACGAGCAUCACUAAUCUUUGUAAGCAAGCAUAUAAGAAGUUUCUGCACAGCUUCGAAGAUUUCUACCGCAAAUUGGGGGUAACGUUGGUGGCGCACCCUCGCGGCGCGCGCACUCCUCCCGCCGGCCGCUCUCUCAUACGCGACCGCGACAAGCAGCUGCUGGCCUCCUCACCCGCCGGCACCACCCCGACCACACCAACACCCACACCGCGCGGAAAAGAUAAAGAUUCGGACAAGAGCGAGACGGAAAAGAGUGAUAAGAGCGAGAAAGAUGAGAAGAUUGAGAAAAUAGAGAAGACAAGAGAGAAGAUACCGGCCAGCGAUGAAGACGACAGCGCUGACAACCAGCCGCUUAUUGUUGCCGCGCCCAAAAUUGAUAAAGAAAAAGAGAAGGAGAAAGAAGAGAAAGAAAAAGAGAAGGAGAAAGAAAAGGAGAAGGAAAAGGAGAAAGAAAAAGAGAAGGAUAAAGAGAAAGUGCCGUCGACACGGACUAGCGAAGAGAAGACAGUGGUCAAGCCGCGUUCCCAGUCCAAAACUAGAAGCUCUUCUGUUGCCAAGAUUGAUUUGCACGAAAAGAGAACACCUAAAAGGAGACCUUUUCAUCCUAAAAUGUCGGAGGGUCCGAACGCCGGCACGCAGCGCGCCUCACGUCGCCCGCACGCGUCCACAGAUAGCGACAGUUCCGGACGCGCUUCUAGUCGAUGUGGACCUACCAAAAAAAUGCAAAGUCGUCGCAGCCAGAGCGCGAAUUCGGCGAGCAGUGGCAACACUAUCGCCUCAAACAGUAGCAAGAGACCGCGCAAGAGAAAGAGCACAGAGCCUUCAAUGAGUGAAUGCACUCGGUCCGGCGGUGUCAGCGUCAAGGCACAAGUUGGCGAUAAACUAAAAGUCUACUACGGCCCUACACAGUCUGAAUCAAAGGUGACGUAUGAGGCGAAGGUAAUCGAGGUGUCCAGUGAGGGUCUGCUGCGUGUGCACUACACGGGCUGGAACACGCGCUAUGACGAGUGGAUCAAGCCGCAGCGCAUCGCACUCAAUGUCACACAACACGACGCACGCAACAAAAAGAAUACCAGCUUAAGUCGUCGUUCUAGAACUAAAAGAACGGAAGAAACUUCAUUUACAGAAUCAUCCGCCCGCUCCGACUCUGACACUGAUUCUGACAGCGAUGAUGAUAUUAAACGGGCAUGUAAGAAACCAGAUGAAAAGCCUAGUCCUAAAACGCCACCAAGAUCAAAAGAUGCCAAGUCAAGUGAUAGCAGUGGGUCAAGCAAGCCUCGUAAAAGACCAGUAAGAACCAUUUCCACUCCAACAAUGGCAUCUCCAGCUAAGAAACCUCGAGUUAACGCCAAUAACCAUCAGCAUCAAGGCAGAGAUUACGACCUCAAUGAAAUACGAUCUGAACUUAAAGGACUGCAUAGUGUUAAACAAGAACCAGAAGAUACCAUCAAAUCUGACCAAAAAGAUAAAACUCCAAGCCCCGUAACACAAAUAACAGUACAACCCCCUGAACCACCACAACCAGAAAAACAAGCCGAAGAUGUGUACGAAUUCAAAGAACCAGAACCAUUCGAAAUAGAGCUGCAUGAUGAGAAGAAGAAGCGAAUGCAUCGUAUAUUCGAUGACAUUUCACCGAGCAAAUACACAUCGUCUUUAUCAAAGUCUUUAAGCGAGGAAAUAUCAGAGGAAUCAUUGAGACCUCGAGCUUCCAAUCUAAGAUCUCCAUCCCUAUCGCCGUUCAGAGAUUUCGGAGCAACAAGAGAGGAACCCAGUCGACAGACUCCCGAAGAAGACUCGAAAGAUGGUCUUUUCUCAAUAGACGAUGAUUCAUUACCAGGGGAAGGUAGCUCGGGACCGAUCUUCGAAGGUUUCACUCCGGCCAAGAACCAAGAAACCUAUUCUAAAAAGAAUAAAGUCAACAAAUUACGUGAAUUGAUCGACGACUCACCAGACAGUCCAGCUGACGAUGAGCAGUCCUCUGAGGAUGAAACUGAGGAAAUGAAAGAAGAGAGCGAACCGAGUUCAGAACCACCGCUAUUGGAGAUUGUAGAAGUACCGGAGCCAAUUAAAGAAGAAAUUCAUACCACAGAUGCAGUGAAAGAAGUUGUUAUCAUUUUACAAGAAAAUGAACAACAAUUAAAUGCUAUACCACAGCCUCCGGGAACACCGCCCCUUCAAAUUAAGUUACAAGCGCCGGAUGCAAGCGAUAUUGUUAAUUCGAAGCCCAUAAAUAAUUCAACUGAAUGUCUUGAGGAAACAAAGCAUACACCAUCAGUUGAUAAAGAAGAACAAAUUAAGCUGCUAUCGAUUCCCCUCCCCGCUACGGAGCCCAAAGAGAAAGGGAAUCUGAAAUUAAAAAUCGAGAAAUUAGAUCCGGAUCCGAUUAUUUCAAAAUUAGAACCACCAUCUAGUCCCCUUAUCGAUACAGAAGAAGAUAAAUCGGAACCAGACAGUCCGGCUCGUAUUGACGUGCUACCGGAGCCACCUCCCGGCUUCCUUCUACAAUCAGAAGGUCCUAAGAUCGCUGAGAAACUACUGAAAGCUAUAAACAGCGCCAAAAGACUGUCAAUGUCUCCGCCGCCGGUGAAUAGCACCGACCGACCUCUAACACCGAUCAAAGAUAUUCCAAUGCCAAAAGAAGAUAAACUCUCCUCAAUAUCACCAGAAAUUAAACCGCUCAUCAAAUCUGAAUCUUUGAAACCAUUGAGUAAAAUAGAACCGAUUAAGAAAAUCAGUCCGCUGCCGUUAUCUGACUCUAUAUUCGGCGAGCCGUCGAACUUUACCGAUUUGAAGCGUGAUUUAUCUGAAAUUAAGAAAAUUAAGAGUAAGGAGCCUACACCGCCACGUUUGCAGAGUCCUUUGAACAUAUUAGAGCGUCGUAAGAGCGUGGCCGACCUCCCUCUGGCCGGCAAAAAUAACAAGGUCCUCAGCGAUACUAUACAGAAGCUGUCCAGUCAGAUCAACCAGUCGGCAGCCAACAUUCCCUUGCCGCCCUUCCCGCCCGGCGACAGGAGCGAGUCCAGCGAUUCUGAUGACUCCGACAGGAGAUUAAUAAUCGACAAGGUGUCGAUGGAGGAGUGGGGCAGCGGUGGCAGUGGAGGGAGCGGUGGCAGCCUGGAGGGUCGUGGUGCUCGAGCCCUGCACGCCGGCAAGUCGCCCGGCGAGUGGAGCGCCGGCGAGUCGCUGCUCAUGCUCGAAGACGCCUGCAAGAAUGAACGGAAACAUAGUGCAAGCGUAGUGGUUGCAGGUAGCGGGCGUGCGGGCGCCAGCAGCGGGAGCGCGGUGGGAGGCGGGGUCUCGGGCUUGUUAGGCGUGGGUAUGGCGGGGGGCGCGGAGGACGACAGCAACAUAUCACUGCUUCUGUGCGAGGAGACGAUCCCCGGCUCCCCGGCACCAGACGCCGAGCCCGCGCCGCCCCGCCACAAACACACGCUGCCCUUCGCCUGCGCGCCGCCUCACCACUCCCACUCCAAAGCAGAAGAGCGUUGCAGCGCCGGUGGUUCGCGCGAGGGCGGAGCGGGCGCCGGAGUGGGCAUGGCGGGCGGCUUGGGCGUGAUGGGCGGUGUAGGCGUGGUCGCCGCUGCGGCGGAGCAGGUGGCGGCGGGUGCAGGUGCGGCGGGCGCAGGGGGCGCGGCGCCGGGCUGGGCGCGCCGCCACGCACUGCUCGACAACACGCCACCCACCACACCUGACAGCAGUCUCGACUUGUCACCACACCGAGAGCGGCGCUUGUCGGAACGCGACAGUCCCUUGGAGCGCAAGGAAGAUGACGACGACGUGGCUGCACGCUCACCGCACCACAUGGAUAUUGACAAGCCUCGUCCGAGUCGUUCGCGUAAAGCGUCUGAGAGCUCUACAGCGGGGCGUGGCAGAUCGCGGCGCGCACGUCGCGACACGGACGAGCAUGCGCACGCGCACUUGCCGCUCUCCCACAACUCGCACCACACACCAUACAAGUACAAUUUUAUGACGGACCUGGAUCCGACGUGGGACUGCGAGAAGCGCAUCAAGGUGCUGACGUCACGGCUCGGCGAGCUGCGUAAGACGUACCACUCGGUGAAGGCUGAGCUGGCAGCCAUCGACCGCCGCCGCAAGAAACUGCGCCGCAAAGAGCGAGAGGCUGUCAAGGCGGCCAAAGCGGCGUGCUCAUGAUGAAGACUAAUGCUACUAGGAAUACCUGGUGAACUAUAUGUUUAUUCGUUUUAGAAUAAACGGAAAGGGUAUCGACAGUAGCAAAAUCUAAAUUAUCUGUGGAACAGAACAGUGAAAGUACUUGCAUUUAUCAGUGCUAGUGGAUAAAGUGUUAGUGUUAAAGUUAUGUUCUUAAAUCGCGACGAAAAUGCUGUUUUAAUAUUUUUUUUUAACAUUUGAUGUAUUUCUAGAUUGUUGUAUAGUGGAAUAUAAAUCUUAAGUUAUAUAUAACAUGUUGUUCUACUAUCGAAACAUUUGUGUAAAAACAACAAAAUAGAUAUAGCAAUAAUAUGUUUUUGUACAUAUUUUUCGGUAGUGAAAACUCAGAGAAUGUAUGUUUUGAAUAUGCUUGCGCAUAAAUGAACAAACUGCUAGGGCUGGUCUUAGAUGUAACAAAGUCUAACAGAAAUGUUUCUUUUGUACAUAUUACUGUAAAUAUUUUAAUAAGUUAAUUGAUAAGCUUUGUAUUGUAUGUAUUAGUCUUUUUCUUAAUCACGCUAAUUAAAUGGAUAUUUUCCAUAUAAUUGCUAAUUUUCAUGUGUUUAUAAAAAAUCGCACUUUUAUCCUUAUAUAUAAUCGGACCUCCACAAGCGAGAAACUUGUGUUAGAGGAAACCUCUUUAAGCGAGAAUAAUGUCGCGGUCCCUUGAACUCUCCAAUAUCCAGGUUUGACUGUAUUUAUAUAUUGUAGACGUGAAAUGUAUAUAAAGAUUGUAUAUGUGCUGACGUUAUUUGUAAAAGAUGGCGAUGAGACGACAAGAAAAGAUGAGAAAGGUGUAAAAGAUGUGUGUGUACCUUUAUCAAUAUUUUAGUAACUAAUAGUCUUUAGAAUUAACUAUUUCUAUAUAAAACGCACUUAAUUGAUGUC